AUGAUUGACCCACAGUAUAGAUUCUUCUCAGAGGGCCAGGGCUAUUUCGGCCCCAGGGAAGACCCUGUAACCGAAACUCACUGCAACGUCUGGGACUGGGAUCAGCUGCGAUUGAUCAAAGUCAAAGGAACUGCUAAGCUUUUUCCACCCGAAGAAGACGUUGAGACCUCAAUUCUUGCACAAUUUGCCGAUUACCUCUCUCCAGAGGUUCGCGCAAUUACAGUCAAUGAUGAUGGGCUUCUGACUGGAGUUUCGACAGACCCGGAGGAAGAUGAUACAUUCUUCAUCGGAUAUCUUCCUCUAUCACUCUGUCAAUUACUUGCAGACUGUCCGACUAUCUACCUUCCUCAGCUUCGAGAGCUUGAUCGCCUUGGACCGGGUGUCGAUCUUAUGCUCUAUAAUGAUCAGAGGGUUGCAUUCAAAUUCAACCCAUUGGGUAUGCCUCGACGGCUACAAAUGUCAUGGAAGGAAAUGAACCUUCUCAGCAAACUACCUCCACACCCAAAUCUGAUACGGUUUGACCGUAUUGUUCUGGAGGAUGUGGAGUCUCGAAUAAUUGGAUUUACAACGAAUUACAUCCCAGGUGGAACUCUGGCUGAUUCAAAAAGGCCAUUCCGAUUCGAAUGGCUACAGCAGCUCACUCAGCUGGUGGAUGAUCUCAACCUCGAAUACGGGAUCAUGCAUCAGGACAUUGCACCAAGGAACCUACUCAUCGACGAGACAGACAAUAUCAUUCUCUUCGAUUUUGACUGGGCCGCCAAUGGCAAGGAAGGUUUAAUGGAUAAUCGAGACGAUGUGUCCGGUGUCGUCUUCGCACUAUACGAAAUCAUCACCAACGACACACAUUUCAGCAGCAUCCCGCACUGGGACAAGCAUAUCGACAUGGUACAGAAUAUCGAAUGGACUUGUCGCCGCGAACUAGACUCGGAUGUAUCAAAGUUCCGCGAUUUUCUGAAUGAAUGGGUAGCGACAAGAAUCGACAGAGCCAUGGAGCGAUAUCUCAAUGCACCCAAGCGGCUUACAUGGCCGGAUCUUCCAACACCUCCAGACUAUAGUGUGCCCUUUGAGCUAGGUCGCACAAAGGACAGGGAAAUUGUUUGGCAAACGGGCCAGCGUUCGAGGCGCAUUGCGUUAGAGAAGGGGCAAUAUUGCUUUCGGUGGGAAAGGCCACCACAGAGCAGGUUGCUGAAGGAGGCUAAAGAUGGAUGUAAUAAGUAG